AUGAAGAAUUUGAACUUGGAACUUCGUCUUUUCACACCUUCCAUUAAUUCUGAUCUUCUUAACUCACUGGAAGAAGAAGCACAAGAUCAACAGCAGCAUCAGCAUCGGCCAUUGACCAUUGUCUAUGAUGGCAAGGUUUGCGUUUCUGAUGCCACUGAGAAUCAGGCCAGGUCAAUUUUAAUGCUUGCAAAUAAGGAAAUGGAGGAAAGAGUGAGGACACCAAGUGGAUCGUCAUCAGAGCCAUCUUCACCAGCAAUAUUUACUAGUAACUUGUAUAGUCCUGGAACUUCUCCUUCCAUGAAAAAAUCACUGCAGAGGUUUCUACAAAAGAGGAAGAAUCGGAUCCAAGAAGCAUCACCUUACCAUUUUAAUGAGCAGAAUUGA